GCCGCAGCUGAGUCCGGUGGGUUCGGGAACCUGUGGCCCCUCUCUCCUCGCGUCCCCGUCCCCCCGUCGCCUUGGCCCCGGCCAUGAAGCGCAUCUUCUCCUGCUCCAGUUCACAGGUGGCGGUGGAGAGAUGGAACCGCCGUGAUCAGAAGCUGCUGGAGGCAGUGCAGCGGGGGGACGUGGGACGCGUGGCUGCCCUGGCCUCCAGGAAAUCUGCCCGACCCACCAAGCUGGACUCGAACGGUCAGUCCCCGUUUCACCUGGCAGCCUCCAAAGGUCUGACAGAAUGUCUGACUAUACUGCUUGCAAACGGGGCUGACAUCAACAGCAAGAAUGAGGAUGGAAGCACCGCCCUGCACUUGGCCACCAUUUCCUGCCAGCCACAGUGUGUCAAGGUCCUGCUGCAGCAUGGUGCCAACGAAGACGCAGUCGAUGCGGAUAAUCGUAGUCCAUUGCACUGGGCAGCCUCCUCUGGCUGUGCCUCAAGUGUGCUCCUCCUGUGUGACCACGAGGCCUUCCUGGAUGUCCUGGAUAAUGAUGGACGCACACCCCUGAUGAUUGCAUCCCUGGGUGGUCACGCAGCUAUCUGCUCACAGCUACUGCAGAGAGGCGCCCGGGUUAAUGUCACUGACAAGAAUGACAAAUCGGCUCUGAUUCUGGCCUGUGAAAAGGGCAGUGCCGAAGUGGCUGAGCUGCUUCUGAGCCAUGGAGCAGAUGUGGGGGCUGUGGACAGCAUGGGCCACGAUGCUUUGCAGUACGCUCUGCGCACGCAGGACGGGACGCUGUGGAGGCUGCUGCAGCAGGCCCUGAGCCGGCAGGGGCGUGGAGGUCACCAGCUAGUUCAACACCCAGAUCCUGCAUCCCAGGCCUCUCCAGCUGAGCCUCAGGUGGGUUCUCCACCUAAGAGCCCAUGGAGAGCAGAGCCUGAGGAGGAGCCGGAGGAAGAGGAGGAGGAAGACCCAUGCUCAGAAGAGUGGAAAUGGAAGUAUGAAGAGGAGCAGAGGAAAGUUUCUCAGUUGGAGCAGGAGCUGGUGCGGAAGACAGAAGAGUGUAAGGCUCAAGCCGCAGCUUACCUGGACCUGAAGAACCAGAUUCACGAGCAGGUGCAGGAGCUGGGGCUCCUCCUCUCCCAAGAGCCCGCAGGUCCAGAAGGCCAGAGCUCUAGUCUCCGGCCUGGAGGAGACGGCAUGGAGCAGGGCUGUCCUCUGGGCCUGCUGGCUAAGCGCGUACGAGAGCUGAAGCAGCUGCAGGCAGCAGGUGCAGCAAACCCAGUAUUCGCUUCCAACAAGGCUGAGGAUUCGGCCCCAGGGGAGAUCCAGUAUGAAGCUCAUGGACGGUCCCAACCAGAAGAACAGGGGCCACCCCAGAGCCCAAAGUCUGAGACCAUGGGGAAAGCCACUGGACAGCAACUGACCACUAGUAGUGGGCAGGCCCUCGGCCCCGAUCAUACACACCAGUUGUGUGCCGGCCAGAAAGAGAGGCGCCAGGCCCCAGGGGCAGAACCAACAGGCACAGUGGCCAUGAACCAACUCCUGUUACAACUGAGGGAGGAUCUGGCUGCGGUGUGGCGAGAAAAGGAUGCUGCCUGGGGAGCUUUGUCAAGACCAGUCCUGGAGGGAGCUCUGGGGACGCCCCGGGCUGAGGCAGCAGCAGCUGCCUGGGAGAAGAUGGAGGCCAGGUUGGAGCGGGUGCUGGUGAGGCUGGAUCGAGCAAAGGCAGGACUGCAACUAAAACCUGAGGCCCCCGCCCAGGAGCCCAGAGAGGGAGCCCCAAAGGUAGGCCCAGAGGCCAUCACCAAAUGGGAUGAAGGGAGAGAAAAAAGGGCUCCUGGGGUCCGGGGAGAGCCUCUAGGGGCCCCUGGAAGGGAACAGAUGGCAGGAGGAGGCCUGGCAGAGGGGCAGCUGGAGAAGGAGGUGUCAGCACUGAGACUGAGCAACAGUAACUUGCUGGAGGAGUUGGGGGAACUGGGGCGGGAGCGGCAGCGGUUGCAGGGGGAGCUGCAGUCCCUGAGCCAGCGACUCCAGCGGGAGUUUGUGCCCAAGCCAGAGGCGCAGGUCCAGCUACAGCAGUUGCGGCGGAGCGUGGGGCUGCUGACAGAUGAACUGGCCAUGGAGAAGCAGGCCACCGAGAAGCUGCGGAAGCGCCUGGCCUCCCAGAGCAGUGGCCUCCAAGGGCUGUGGGACCGCCUGCCCCCAGACCUGGUGGGCAAGGCGAGUGCCCGGAGCACAGUGGCCGAGCCCCUGGAGGAGCUGCAGGCCUGCAUCAGCGCCCUGGUGGACAGGCAUCGCGAGGCCCAGCAGGCGCUGGCUCGGCUGGAAGAGGAAAACCAGCGGCUUCGAAGUUCCCCUGCCCCACGUGGGGAGCAGGGGGCCUCCUGCAAGGUCUCAGCACCCCCCCAAGUGGCCGCUCUGGAGCAAGACCUGGGGAAGCUGGAGGAAGAGCUGCGGGCGGUCCAGGCCACGAUGAGCGGGAAAAGCCAGGAGAUCGGGAAGCUGAAGCAGCUGCUCUACCAAGCCACGGAGGAGGUGGCCGCGCUGAGGGCCCGGGAGGCCGCCAGUCUGCGGCAGCACGAGAGGACUCGCGGAUCGCUGGUGGCCCAGGCCCAGGCGUGGGGCCAGGAGCUGAAGGCUCUGCUGGAAAAGUAUAACACCGCCUGCCGAGAGACGGGCCGGCUGCGGGAGGCCGUGGCCGAGGAGCGCCGCAGGAGCGGGGACCUAGCGGCGCGCGCCGCGGAGCAGGAGCGCCAGGCCAGCGAGAUGCGCGGGCGCUCGGAGCAGUUCGAGAAAACGGCGGAGCUGCUGAAAGACAAGGUGGAGCAUCUGAUUGGCGCUUGUCGGGACAAGGAGGCCAAGAUCAAGGAAUUGCUGAAGAAGCUGGAGCAGCUCUCAGAGGAGGUGCUAGCAGCUCGGGGAGAAAGUGCUCGCCUCACCCUACAGCUGCAGGAUUCCCAGAAGAACCACGAAGAGAUCAUCUCCACCUAUAGGAAUCAUCUGCUGAAUGCCGCUCAGGGCUACAUGGAACAGGAUGUGUACAAUAUCCUACUGCGAAUCCUCAGCAUGCAGGAGGAGUGAGGCAGCCUGUGCCCUGAAGAACAUGCUGGAACAGAGCAUCCUUGGUUGCCAGAGGCUCCAUCAGGCUGUGGUGGGUGGUGGUUGGCCACUGAGGGUAGUGUGGGUGGGGCUUCACCUGAUGAUUUGAACUCCAGACCUGAGAACCUGAGCCAUGGAAUCAGCAUGGAUGAAACCUGAGGAGGUGUGGUUGGAAGGCAACGCUAAGGAAAAUAAAGCAGCAGGCAGG